AUGGCAUCCGUCUACCCAGUGAUCGUCGAUACACCAGCCCAGGUAACUGGGAUGCUCGACAUUAUCCUCGCCCACCCGGGCGAGCGCUUGUAUAUUGACCUGGAGGGCGAGCAACUGUCAUGCCGAGGCACGCUGGACCUCAUUUCUAUCCACGUGGAGGCCGCCUACCAGACCUGGCUGGUAGACGUGCAUACUCUGGGGGACUGCGCCUUCUCCACCACCGCAACAGCCGAUGGGUACACGACGCUCAGGUCCGUCCCCGAGUCUGUCCACCGGGUAAAGAGCGUGGUCGAUAUCCAGCUCCUGGAGCUGGCCUCCCGCCGCGGGUUCAAGGACCGUUACCUCCUGGGACUGUCCAAAUGUAUCUCGCGUUGCGACCGCAUUUACGCAGAUGAGAAGGCGCGGUGGCAGGAGACCAAGGAGAAGGAUAGGCAGCUGUUGCUCGCUAACAGCGAGCUUUUCAGGGUCCGGCCCCUGGUGCAGGACACCCUGCUCUACUGCGCGGGCGAUGUCGCGCUACUGCCGCGCCUGCUGCGGCAGUUCGAGCCCUUCCCCAUCGGAUUCUGGAGGUGGUUCGCCGCGAAAGAGACGCGGGAUCGGAUCAAGGAGGCCCAUGAGAAUUGGUACCGGCCGGAAGGCCCUGAGAAGGCCGAUGCACCGUGGAUCAAGGGGAUCCUGAUUGCGAGAAAGCAGGAACAUAAGGUCGAGACUGGGAGGAAGGCUUAG